AUGACCAACCUCGAUGUGAGCAACAGUAGCACUGAUAGCAGCUCAGGGUCAACAUCAGACUCCAGUAGCAGUGGAAGCUCUUCCACUAGCUCAGGCUCUGGCUCCAGCAGCUCUGAUUCUGAAUCCUCAACCUCCGACACCCCAGCAACCACUAUUGCACCACCAGCACCAAAAUCACCUGUAAAAGUUGAAGAGCCGAAGAAGAAAGAGGAACCAAAACCACGAAGACCAUCAAAAGCAAAGAUAUCAUCAUCAAGUGAUGAUGAACCUCCUAAAUUCUUGCAAAAGGCAAAACUGCACAGAGAAUUUCUUCUGGUGCAAAGACUCCGAAACCAAUCCCAAAAAACAAUACCCAAGGCUCAACCAAAACCGGACACCGGCACACUUAAAAAGAAAAGCAUAUUCUCCCCUGACAAUAGUUCCGAAUCUGAAUCUGAGAGUAAAUCAUCAACUAAUAAAAGCCCUAAAGCAUCACCUAGACCAAAGCGAGGUUCUAGAAAGUCUAGCGAUGAGAAAGACAACUCUCCGGUGACAACAGCUGACAAUGACGAUUCUAAUUCAAAAGAUAAUGCUAAGCGGAAAAGUGUUAACAGGCUGAAUGGACCACCUCCAAAGAAAUCUAUUGAGGACAAGAGUGCAUCAUCAUGCACUUCCAGUCAGUCUUCAGUGGAGUCUGUUUCCUCAGACAGUGAGAGUGAGCCUACACCGAAGAAGGACCCAAUUAAAACUGGGAAGACAAAGCCUCCAUCCAGUGCUACCAAGGAGACAAGAGACCAAGCUUCUAAGAGUGGCGAUUCCGGUGAUUCUCCAGUAGCCACAAUGCCCAGGAAGCUGACACGGUCUCUGUCAGCGAGGGUGUCGAGAUUAGCUGCAGCAUCAAGACGGACCAACACUGACACUGAUUCAGAAGCUGAUGAUAAGAGCAAUGAUAAGAACAGUGCCAGCAAUAGCAACAGCAACAGCAACAGCAACAACAGUAGUAACAACAAAGAUAUUAAGAAGAAUAUUAAGGGUCGGGCUCCGCCGGCGAGGUCGCCGGUCGUUCUGCCGAUGCCACAAGAGCCGGCUCAACAACGGUGUCCUGUACGUGGCUGUGACUCCAGCGGACAUCUCGGCGGCAAGUCCAGCCGGCACAUGACGUGGGACGCGUGCCCGCUGUACCACAACGUGACGGGCGCGUGGUGCGUGGCGGCGGGCGAGGAGCGCGCGGCGGCGGCGGCGGCGCGGCGCCGCGCGCUGCAGCUGCUGCAGCAGCGGCCGCGCGCCAUGCCCACGCUCGAGCAGCGCGCCUACCAGCUCAAGGUCAAGGACAUGCGGUCAAAAUGGAAAGGCAGUCAAGAGUUACGUGAGAAACUGGCAGCGUCUGGCAAUGAGGAGAUGACGGAAGACAGGGAGCCGAUCCUCGAGGGCUUUGCUCCGGACUACGAUCUGAGGCUGUUCAGGGAGGCGCAGGCACUUGCCGCCAUCAAGAUAGAAGAGGAACUAGGGGAUAUACCUACAGAUAAAGGGACUAGGUAAGUUUGUCCCAGUCAGGAUUUGUAUUAUUGCUGACCCGAUAUACUAAAGUUUG